AUGGCCGACGCAGACUCAGCCAACCCCCAGCUCCUGGCUUGGGUGAAAGAUUGGUUGGAUUUGGCCCGUGAACGCAAUUCCAAAGGCGUUACCACGUACAGAACAGCGUAUAACUCAUUGAAAGCCUGCCCGAUCACCUUUGAACACCCUGCGCAGCUGCAGCAACUCAAAGGUUUUGGACCCAAGCUCUGCGACCGGCUUGAACAACAAUUAAAGAAACAUUGCGAGCAAAAUGGCCUUCCUAUGCCCCCACAUCCUAGGUCCCGUAAGGCGGCACCAACUACUGGAGAUGAAAAUGGAGAAGGAUCUUCAAAACCUGCGAAAAAGGCACGCAAACCUAAAGCAUACGUCCCAGCUUUUCGAUCUGGAGCGUUUGCCUUGGUAGUUGGUCUUGCAACUCUGGAUGAGGAUUCUGUUAAUGGAAUGACCAAGGCGGAGCUCAUCGAAGUUGCACAGCCGUACUGCGACUCAUCUUUCUCAGCUCCUAGCGACCCAACUAAGUUCUACACUGCCUGGAAUUCGAUGAAAACCUUGGUGCAGAAGGAACUAGUCUACGAAAGAGGGCGACCAUUAAGGAGGUAUGCCUUGACCGACGAAGGAUGGGAAGUUGCCAAGCGCAUCAAAGAAACGGACCACUGGAAGGCUGAAAAGGGGAAGGCUAAAGACCCAACCUCAGCACAGCCAGUCCCAAACUUUCAGCCCGAAGCUGUCUCAAGGCAAAAAUCGCUGUCUGUAGAAAUAUCUGAACCAGCACAAGCCCCAUCAGAGUACCAAAAUGUCGUGUCUGAUGGGCCGAUAUCAGAAGAUUCCUCUUUGCCGAACUUUACUCCAAUACUACUACCUCCGGGAUCCUUUACUGUCCAGUUAGUUCUGGACGUUCGCGAAGUAAGAGCCAAAACAGAUCGAGAUUAUAUGCAAGAGGAACUUGCAAAACAGGGUGCAAAACCCAUCAUGCGCAGUAUGGAGCUCGGUGAUGCUCAAUGGGUUGCGAAAUGCAAUGACCCUAAUCUGCUCUCAUCACAAGGUGCUGAGGGCGACGAGGUAGUGCUGGACUGGAUUGUUGAAAGAAAGCGCCUUGAUGAUUUGAUCGGAAGUAUCAAGGAUGGCAGAUUUCACGAGCAAAAGUUUCGCUUGCAACGAUCUGGUGUAAAGAAAGUGAUUUACAUCAUCGAAGACAUUGGCAUGGACCCAGAGGUAGUCACGAGAUAUGCUGAAGCGGUCCGAUCCGCUAUCGCCUCAACACAAGUAGUGAACGGCUACUUCGUAAAGAGAACCAACAAGAUGGACGAGACAAUCCGAUAUCUUACUCAGAUGACGAAGAUGUUAAAACGGACGUACGAAAGCAGAGCCCUACACGUUAUACCUACCAAGGUCCUUACAUCUCAGAAUUAUCUCCCACUGCUAAAACACCUCAGGGAGUCUAUAUCUCCAGACUGGUACAUCACCUACCCGGCCUUUUCCUCGCUUGCCUCCAAGUCCGAGUCGAUCACUUUGCGCGACGUAUUUUUGAAAAUGCUCAUGACUAUCAAAGGUGUCACAGGAGAAAAGGCACUUGAAAUCCAAAAGCGUUGGAAAACACCCUACGAUUUUGUCAAGGCUUUUGAGGCAUGUGGCCCUGGCGAACAGGGCUUGAAGCGCAAGCGCGAGUUGAUCUUCAGCCACACCAGCCAUCUUGUUGGGCGAAAGAAGUUUACCAAACCCUUGAGCACCAAGAUUGCUGAAGUGUGGGGUGAUGCCUGA